AUGGAGGACGCAGGCACCGCUGUCGGAGGAGCAGAGAUGGGGCCGAGGGGCGCAGCCGCGGUGGCCGUGGCGCUGUGGGUCUUGCUGACGGCGGGCGAGGCGGCGGACCCUGGCGUGGCGACGCCCCGGCGCUGCCUCCUGUCACACUACCGCUCGCUGGACCCCAGGGCGCUGGCGGCCGUCAAGGCGCUGAGGGACCGCUACGAGGAGGAGACGCUGAGCUGGCGGCCGCGCAACUGCUCCUUCCGCCCGAGGAGGGAUCCUCCGCGGCCCUGGUCGUGCGCGCGCCUCCGCCUCGUGGUCCGGGACCUGGCGAACGCCCAGGCGGUGCUGAGCCGCCUGCCGAGCCCCGAGCGGUUCCCCGGCACCGGCCUGACCCUGGAGCUGCUGGCGGCCGCGCGGCGGGACGUGGGGGCCUGCCUCGAGCUGGUGCGGCCAGGCUCGUGGAGCAAGUCCCGGCGGCCACCGAGGAGGCGUGCCCAAACACGGAGAGCUGACUCGCCUCGGUGCCACGAAGCCAGCGUCAUCUUCAACCUCCUGCGCCUGCUCACGUGGGACCUGAAGCUGGUGGCGACCUCGGGGCCUUGUCUCUGA